AUGCCGGACGAGAUGACGGAGCCCGGGCACGCCACGCCAGCCCGCGCCUCCUCCUUCCUCAUCGAGAACCUGCUGGCCGCCGAGGCCAAAGACGCGGGGCGCGCGGCCCGGGGCGACGGGGGGCGCGAGGAGGAGGAGGACGACGAGGACGAGGACGACCCGGAGGACGGGGACGCGGGGCCGGGGCGGCGGCGGCGGCUGCCGCGGCGGCGACCGCUGCGCGCGGGCAUCGGGCCGGGCGGAGAGGCGCGCACCCGGGCGCUGCUGGGCCUGGGUCCGCGCCCGCCCCCCGGGCCGGGGCCGCCCUUCGCCCUCGGCUACGGGAGCGCGACCCGCUGGUACCCCCGGACGCACGGAGGCUUCGGAGGCGGCCUGAGUCCCGACACCAGCGAUCGGGACUCACCGGAGACGGGCGAGGAGCCGGGCCGCGCCGAGGGCGCCUGGGCGCGGGGCCCGGGGCCGGGCGCGGCGCUGGGGGAAGCGGCGGAGGGGGCGGCGCCGGGCCCGGCGGAGCCGGCGGAGGCCCGGGCGGCGCGCGGCGCCGGCGGCCGCAAGAAGAAGACGCGCACGGUGUUCUCGCGCAGCCAGGUCUUCCAGCUCGAGUCCACCUUCGACCUGAAGCGCUACCUGAGCAGCGCGGAGCGCGCGGGCCUGGCCGCGUCCCUGCAGCUCACCGAGACGCAGGUCAAGAUCUGGUUCCAGAACCGCCGCAACAAGUGGAAGCGGCAGCUGGCGGCCGAGCUGGAGGCGGCCAGCCUGUCCCCGCCGGGCGCGCAGCGCCUGGUCCGCGUGCCCGUGCUCUACCACGAGAGCCCCCCGGCCGCCGGGCCCGCCGCCGCCGCCGCGCUGCCCUUCCCGCUGGCGCCGCCCGCGCCCGCGCCGCCCCCGCCGCUGCUCGGCUUCUCCGGGGCCCUCGCCUACCCGCUGGCCGCCUUCCCCGCCGCCGCCUCCGUGCCCUUCCUCCGGGCGCAGAUGCCCGGCCUGGUGUGA